CAACAACGCAUCCCGCCACCACCGCGACCGGACACGCCCGAAUACACGAUGCCGGGACGAACCGCGGCGCGCUCGACACGCUCAGCCCGCUCUUCGGCGGCGACGGCGACGGCGACAACGACGCGCAGAUCCACCAGAGGACGCAGCUCCGCAGCCAACGUCGAGAUACCAGAUGAGGGGCUGGAUAGUUCGCUACGCACCGAGAUCAAUCACAUCUUUGACGAUGCCCAAAACACGACAGCAACGCAGCGGAAGCUGCAGACCAUGCUGCGUAAGAUCCAGGAGCGAUGCUGCUACGAGCAGGACGAAAGCAGGAACAAGAAGAAGGCACAGGAGGAGGAGGAACAAUUCGAUGAGCAAGACUUCAACACCGCGGUCGUGCGGUGCCUGUUGAGAGUUUUGAAUGUGAAGAAGGGAGUCCAAGAAGGGGACCGCGUCAUCAGGUUCUUGGGUCUGUUCGUCAAGAACGCGUUCGAGAAGGACCGCCAAAUAUACCAAGGAGACGCUGAAGACGGAACGGAACUGCAGUCGCCCGAAACCCCUACCAGCCGUCUCGUCGAGCUGAUUAUUCGGACGUUACUUGGCAUUCUCUUUCCCUUGGAAGGCAACCCUGUAUCAAACAAAGUCGUUCACUUCCGAGCCACGCAAGCUCUGGCACAUAUCGUCGGCCAGUUAAGUACCCUAGACGAUGACCUCUUCGCGUUGUUGCGAGUCUGUCUUAAGAAAUUGUCCCGGCACAAGGAAUCAUCGGUCCGCGUGCAAGCAGUGCUGGGUCUCGUUCCUCUCAUGAACAACGACGAAGAAGAAGAAGAUGAAGACGAUGAAGACAUCACCAGCAACAUUUUGGAGAGGCUCCUCGAUAUGAUGCAAAAUGAUCCAAGCGCCGAAGUCCGACGUGCUAUCCUCCACAACAUAGAUCGAAGCAAAGAUGCGAUACGCUAUAUAUUCGAACGUGCUAGAGAUGUGGAUCCGAUGGUCAGGCGAAUAGUCUACCGCACGGUCCUUCCAAGUCUAGGUGACUUCCGGUACAUGAGGCUUGUUGAGCGAGAAAAGCUCCUUCGAUGGGGCUUACGUGACCGAGACGACAUUGUGCGAAAGUCUGCCGCCCGUGUUUUCUGCGAUAAGUGGCUCGAGGACUGCGCCGCUGGGUCCGAUCCUCGUCCAAAGGAAGAGCAAACCCGGCCAGCCCCGCCUAACCUUGAGGCCGUCCGGGAACUUCUGGAGCGUAUCAACGUGGUCGACUACGCAGCCGAGGACGGCAUUGCGCACGAUGCCAUGCAGCACUUUUGGGAGAUUCGCACAGACUACCGCGACUUCAUCACGUUCGAUCACGAGUUCUGGAGGGACAAGCUAGACCCAUACAAUGCUUUUAUGGCACGUAGCUUGAUGGACUACUGCAAUAGCCUCGACGACAAAACCGACAUUGCCCUGAAGCAAGACCUAGAAGACAAGUUCCCUACGACGGCGCAAUUUGACUAUAUUGUCAAUAAGCAUCUCAACGAGCUUCUCGACACCAUCAGUCAAUAUUAUGGCUCUGGCCUCCCGGAAGAUGACUCCGAGAUGCUGCAGCUCCACGACGACAUGAACGACAAGGAGUUCACGGUGGAGCAGCUUCUCCACAUUGCUCUCAGCCUCGACUAUAGCGAUGGUGUUGGGCGAAAUCAGAUGAUGAACAUGGUACGCGAUGUUCUGUCUAGAGCUGAGCUUCCGGAAGGAUGUACCAAGCUAGCCAUUCAAGUUCUACGCGUCUGUUGCGAUACGGAGUCCGAGUUUUGUCAGCUCAUUGUCGAGGCCAUCGCCGAAGUCAAAGAUACCCUGAUGGCCGAUGACGCCACCGUCACAGGUGACGACGAUGACGAGAGUUUUCAUUCGGCGCAGUCCGAUGUCGAGAGCGACAACGGUAGAGCCGGACUGAAGAAGGCUAAGGCCACGAAAGAACUGGACCCUGAAGAACAGGCAAGGCGACACGAGCUUGAGGUUAAUGUAUACCUGAAGUGUCUGGAUAUUGCUCAGAACAUGUUGCAAACCGUCGUCACUACUGAUUUUUCAAAUACUUAUCUGACAAACGUCCUGAACACUCUUGUUGUGCCGGCCGUACGUCAACAAGAUGCUAUGAUCAGAGAGCGCGGUAUCAAUUGUCUUGCCUUGGGUGCCAUUCUCAGCGAGGAUCUUGCAAGAAACAACAUUGAGCUUUUCAUACAUUGUUUUACCAAGGGCCACGAUGCACUUAAAGUGAUUGUUAUACAAGCGUUGGCCGAUAUUGUAUAUCAGCAUAGAUCCCUUCUCAAGGAAGAACCAGCAGAGGACGGUUCCGAGCCGGUACCGAACGAAUACGUCAAGAAGGUCGCGAAGAGUGUCCUCCUCAAAGGCAUCAGAUCGGACAACAACGAAAUUAGCCUUCUCGCGUGCAAAGCCGCUUCGAAGCUUCUUCUUUUCGACUUGCUUCCCCGCGAAGAGACAGCACUGAUCUUGAGAGAAUUGGCUAUAGCCUACUUCGACCCAGACACGGCCCAGCAGCCAGGAAUUCGGCAAGUGUUGAGCUAUUUCCUCCCAACCUUCUGCCACUCGAAAAUCACCAACGCCUUGCUGAUGGCUCAAAUAUCGGUGCAGCUCUUCAGCAAGCUAUGGCAGAAGAAGGAAGAUCUGGACGAUGAUGAUGAGGAAAUGGUCGGUUGGCCAGUCAUCACUGCGCAUAUUGCAGAUUGGACAGAUGGCCGCCAGGUUGUCAAUCAGGUGCGAGUAGACUUUGACGGCAAAUCUUCCACAACACUAGAGGCUGAAGAGCCGCACAUCUGUCUCGCUAGCGAGAUCCUGGAGCAUGCACUCACCCGCAACUGUAGCAGGGACGAGAGGAAGCCUUUGCUCGCCCUGCUUACAAAGGCUUACAUUGCGCCCACUGGACCCGCCCCUGAUGAAGAGCAACUCAGCACGCUUCUGCGCCUUGUCAACGAGGCAGUAGAGAGUAAUCUAGGCGUAGACGCAACGCAGCGUAAUUUCCUGACCAAGCUUGAAACCAAUCUCACCAAGAGAGUAGGCGAGGUUGAGACAGCCACGCAGGCUGCGGAGAGUGAUGCUGAGACCGCCAUGCCAGAAGCCACAGAAGUCCCAGAGACUGCACCUGCAGAAGAGACAGCGGAAGAGACAGCGGAAGAGACGGCAGAGGAGGAAGAAGAGGAUAUCACAAUGGCUGGCGUGCAAGGAGAGUCUACCCGGAUGCCCUUGGAUCUCGAGGAUGAUGACGAUGUCGAGAUGGAAGACGAACCAAAUAAUGAUAAGCCAAUCACCGAGGACGAUAUAGUGAACAGUCUCUUGGCGAGUGAGCUUGAUGAAGAUGAGGAGGACGAUGAUACUGUUGUGGCGCCUGCGAGAACUUCGAGACGCUAGGUGCUUCCUCGUCGACCUCGUUGAAAUAUGUAUCACUGGGGGGAGGUUAUUGGCGUUUAAUCGGUCACUUCUGGGUGGGUUGGAGCCUAAUCGGCUGGCCAGGGGUUAUGAACUUAUGAAUGUAACUGUGAAGGUUGGGCAUGGUUGGAUACAUAAACUGGCAUAUUAGGUGUAUGUUCCCAGCUCGAAGGCCGACGAAUCAAUUAUCGUAAACCGCUGUA